ACUUAGAAAGUUUGGUUCUCUAAGAGAGGCGUACCCUAGUCAAUAAGCGGUGUUGGAAUUUCUCUCCAUAGCAUCGUUUCCUAGCUCUACACUCGCGCUUUGCUACUUGAGCUCCCCAUUCAUCGGAAACUCCAUUCUUCUCUUUCUCUCUCUAUUUUUCCGUUUCGUUUACCGAUGCCCCUUCUCGAUCGCGGCGAUGUUUGGAAGAGCAAGGCGCGAUCCUUGCAGCUACAGCUCAGGGACCGUUUCCGUGUCGCCGUCGACCGCCAUUGGCGCCGCCGCCACAACCACCACACCUUUAUCCCCUCCGCCGAUGGCUACUUCUCCUCCACCAUUCAACGCUGGCUCAGCCGAUUUCGUGAUUUCCGCAGAGACUCGUUGCCGUCGUCCACCUCUUUUUAUCGCAAACGAGUGAUUAAGGAUUUCAGUUCUGAAGAAGAUUCAACUCUUGUUCGUAUGAUGCAAGCUGUUGCGGUUCCUGUUCUUGGAAAUGUCUGUCACGUGUUUAUGAACGGAUUAAACAGUGUGCAGGUAUAUGGUUUAGAAAAACUGCACUCCGCUUUACUGCAAAGACCUAAAGGAAAACCUCUUCUUACGGUCAGCAAUCAUGUUGCUUCCAUGGAUGAUCCUCUUGUUAUUGCUUCGCUGCUUCCUCCGAGUGUUCUUUUGGACGCUAGGAAUCUCAGAUGGACGCUUUGCGCAACUGAUAGGUGUUUUAAAAACCCUGUGACUUCUGCAUUCUUUCGAUCAGUCAAAGUUUUGCCAGUUUCUCGGGGUGAUGGCAUUUAUCAGGAGGGAAUGGACUUGGCCAUAUCAAAAUUGAACCAUGGUGGUUGGGUCCACAUAUUCCCAGAAGGCAGUCGCUCCCGGGAUGGUGGAAAAACCAUGGGCUCUUCCAAGAGAGGUGUUGGGAGGUUAGUCCUGGAUGGAGAUAGCAUGCCUCUUGUUGUCCCAUUUGUACAUACAGGGAUGCAGGAGAUUAUGCCUGUAGGUGCUAACUUUCCCAGAAUAGGAAAGAUGGUUACAGUGCUCAUAGGUGAUCCGAUCAAUUUUGAUGAUAUAAUUGAAUUUGACAAAGACAAAGGCUCAAAUGUGCCCAGAAGACGACUAUAUGAUGCAGUAGCAUCUAGAAUUGGUGAUCGGUUGCAUGAGAUGAAGGUCCAGGUUGACACUAUCGCAAUUGAUCAAGAAAUGCAGCUACAAGAUAAGUCCUCACACAGCACUGAACGAACAUCUAAAAUACUGCAGCAGGUUGAUUGGGAAUUAUUUGGAAUGGAUAGCUUCAUGUCUGUAGAAGAUGAUUCCAAGCAGAGACAAGAAACAGUUGCCCUCUCAAAUGUUAGUGUUUCUCAGCAUCAUCAACAAUCUCAUAGUGAUCAGAGUUGGAGAGCUGGGUUCUCAUACAGGAUGCGUGGUUAUAUUGAUCAGAUGGAGCUUGUGUCUUUUGCUGCGAGAGGUAUAUUUCUGAAUAAUGAUACAAAGAACUCUGCUCGCCCUAGCAGAGAGAUGGGCCCCUUAAAGGCAUGGAAGCAGUUUUUGGAAGCUAAUCUAUUAAGGCAGUGGAAUUACGUCCAUUACUGAAAAAAACAUAGUUCUAUAGAGGGUGUAAAUUCAAAUCUUCGGUUUUCAAUUAAAAUAAUUGAGUUUUUGUUAAAUAAAACAGUUAAAUGCAGUAGAAUUGUUGAGAAUUUGUGACUCAAAUAGCUAACAUUUUCGUUUAGUUUGAUUAAGUUUCAGGGUUGAAAUUAUAUUGUUGCACGCGGUCCUGAAGAUAGAACUGUAUAAGCCCUUUCAUGUAAUAUAUGCAUAGUUAUUUACUAAUGUAUACAGUAUACUCUUAUUUUUUAGAGAAUAUAUUUUAGUAAGUUGUAA